CUUUUCCCAGCACAUCUUAUCUUCCUGCGGGGCUCAGCAGAGAAUUACAAUACUGAAUUUGUCAUUGCCACCACGCUGCCAUGAAAAUUAAUGCAAACACAGAAUUUUGACUUUGCUGCAAAUCCAAAUGUUACAGGGGUAGCAGAUGGUGUAGGUGGCUGGAGAGACUAUGGGGUUGAUCCUUCUCAGUUCUCAGGGACUCUAAUGCGAACAUGUGAACGUUUAGUAAAAGAAGGACGGUUUGCACCAAGCAAUCCUGUUGGAAUUCUUACUACAAGUUAUUGUGAGCUGCUGCAGAACAAAGUACCUUUGCUUGGUAAGUGCGCUGCUGCAGAACAAAGUACCUUUGCUUG